AUGUACAGUACUUCAGCUAGACGAAACAUAUUUAUAUCUGAAAUAAAGUGUAGAUUUAUUGAUCAUAAAACUACACUAUCAGGUUUUUGUAGUUUAUUCUCAGAAAUUACUACUUCCAGUAUUAAAGACUUUUAUGAAUUAAUUCAUAUUUAUGAUAAAGAUUUAAUUGAUCAUAACAAAGACGUUCUAAUUUCGGAGUUAAAACUUUGGAUUCGAAAAAUUAAUUCACUUCCUACAAUACCUAAAAACGCAAUGGAAGCUCUUUCGAUAUGCAAUGAUAUGUACCCAAAUAUUUUCAAGUUUCUACAAAUUCUGGCCACAUUGCCUGUUUCUACUGCCACAGCCGAAAGACCUUUCUCGACAUUAAAACGAAUAAAAACAUACUUACGGAACUCAAUGUCUGAGAAAAGACUUAAUGGCCUUGCCAUGUUAUCGAUUCACCGAGAUUUAGAUUGUCAGACCGAUGAAAUUAUUGAUGAAUUGGCAAAGAAAAAAAGAAAACUAGAUUUUAUAAUAUAA